AUGCUAUUCGCUGUGCUCUAUCUCAUUCAUUACCUGAUAAUGCAGAUCGAGUGUAAAAAAGGUUUCCGAAGCAUGGGUCAAAGCAAGAAGUACGGUGGUGCUGAAGAGGUGAGCACGGAGCCGAGUGUUCUUGGUCUUCUUCACUACAUCCUCGAUGCUCUUAUACCCUCCCCAAGCCGAUCGUCUCCGUAUAACGUAUCCGAUGCAUUCCGUUAUGUUCGUUCCGUUGAGCGUGAAUGGGGCAUCCGAGACCCAUCCGUUUCGCAUGAACAUCGUCUUUUGCAGAUUCAGCUGAAGGCCAACGCCUCUACUUGUUUGGUCGAUUUUGGUCAGCAUUUGGUCAGCUUGACUGAUGCUAGAUGUUAUCAGAACGAUGUCAUCAGCAAAGCGCAAAUGGUGUGUCUGCCCGCCAUCAACCUUCACUCCCAUGUCGUCCCAUUACAGCUUUCACUUUGGGCUCUCGAAGCCACGAUUCUCGACGUCGUCAUUGCCGAAAAUGAGCGCACAGCUCCGCCGAAAAAUCGCAGUCGAAUCGCACGUAAGCACUUGGCACAAACCCUGAUUCUAUGCGAAGAAGAUCUCAAGGAAAAUGUUCCCGGAUUCGUCUCAACAGCCGUAAAUGACGAUCUUCUCGACUACGCUGAGCUGCAGGACACCCAUCACGAAUCGUUGUUCACGAAACUGAGAAAACUCGAAGACCUCAAUAAAGAAUGGACCACCCUGAUGACCAAAGACCCCAACGAAGUAAUCAUCUUCCACGACUUCAUCUCCAAGUAUGGCGAUUACCGCGAUGGCAUACAGAAAGCAAUCAAAGCACUACAACAAAUCGACAGCAGUGAGACUUUCAUCCAAGAGGAACUAGAAAAAAGAGGAAUCGCUCACACUUUCAACGCGUACUCGACUCCACAUUCACAAGACAACAGCAACGUCUCCCACGAAAGAAGCAAAAUGCUAAGACAAAGCGCCUCCGCCUAUCCAUACCACGAAGAACUCCAGCCUCCACCGACGUCCACCUAUCCCCCACUAUUCCCAUCAACCGCGCACCCCCACACGAUCGCUCCGAAUACCUCCAACCAAACAUUCUCUUCAACCAUCUAUUCUCUACCUCCUUCGUCGAGUACCCAUCCCAACGCCACUCAUCCCACGAUUCAACAGGAAACACUAAACCUCAACUAUUUCGACGCGUCGCUGCUCACCCGUCUCGACCUCCCUUCAUUCACAGGGAAUCUCCUAGAAUUCCCAGAAUUUUGGGCUCGAUACCACGCCCUCAUCCAUUCCAAGUCAACACUAUCAGGAGUAACCAAAUUCUCCCUCCUGAAAAGCUGUGUCAAAGGACGAGCUCUUCAAACGAUUGAUUGCCUUCAAGUCACCGAUGACAACUACGCAAUAGCUAUCGAUAUCCUGCCCGCUACUUACGACAACCCGUCCACCCGACCCCGCCAUCUGAUCUAUACGCAGUUGUCGAGUCUUCCGCAGUGCGACCCAGAUUCCAAACAACUACAAGACCUCUACUUGAGAAUGCUUCGACUCGUACGACAGCACACCGCCAUGUUCACGCCAUAUUCACCCGAGUUCGCACUAGGAGCACUAUUGUACAACAAACCGCGUUUUGUCAGAGCAAGAAUUUACGACAUGACAGACGGACAAAAGAACCUGACACCUUCCGAGUUGAUAAGGCUGCUUGAACAGAUCGUAAGAAAGGAAUCGACGUUACGACAAAUGGACCUUUCUACCACUCCGCAUCACACAUCGUACCACAUCUCCGAGAAAGUACGACGCCAACUACGACCAAUACACAUCCAGCAGCAGGACAACCAAAACAGAGGGACCACGCCACAACAUCGCCGAAUAGUACGAUGCCCAUUUUGCAAUCGAACAUCCCACAAUGCCAUACAGUGUCGCAUCGUUCAAACGGCCGAGAAAAGAAGGAAAUUCGCGAAAACCAGCAGAAUGUGUCUUAAAUGCCUACAACAAGGACAUCGCGCAAUCAGCUGCAGUCGCCCUCCAUGUCACAAGUGCGAAUUCCAUUACCAUCCAGCUCUUUGCUUCAAGAUCGCUCCCACCACGGAUAAUUCAUCAGCCAGUCGCAGACCACACAAACCCACAUCUCCUCAAAACACGCGUCAACAUAAUGAACCCUCCUCAUCAUACACUGUUACCGUAACCUCAAACAACGACAACCACGAUGACAUCCACCAAGGGAAUUCAAUCCUUCUUAUGUGCACGAAGGUCACACUGAUGAACCCAGAAGAUAACUCGAAGAGACUCGAAAUAGUCGUGUUCCUGGACAACGGAUCAUCUCAUGCAUAUAUCACAACGGACAUCGCCACCCAACUAGAACUCCGCAAAGUCGAAUCAGAGGAUAUCACCGUUCACACAUUUGGAACGUGUGAUCCCACGACAAUACCAUCACAGCUCCACACGCUCCAACUCCAACUUGAAGACAACACUCCAUACACGAUUUCCGCACAAUCACUACCAAUUCUGACUCAAGCACUAAAGACGCCCGCCAUUGCUCAAGACGAAAUCACAAUCACCGCUCAAGAUGUCGACAUCCCAACAACGUCAUCAACUCCUGGGAUACUGAUAGGCAUGGAUCACUUCUGGAAUCUGGUACUAUCCCCAUCUUUCUACUCCAUCGUACUACCAAAUGAAUAUCAUCUCCUCAACACACGUUUAGGGAAAGUCAUAUCAGGCAAGAAGCUCACUACUCGUACAAUCAAUUCAGCAAUCAACGAAAUCGCUGACCACCCAAUGAGUAAAACUCACCUCGACGAAAUGGUCGAACGAUUUUGGAAAUGCGAAUCUCUCGAAACAGGAGACGAAGUCACCCGCUCAGCCGACAUCACAUGUCUCGACUUCUUUAACAACACCACUCGCUACGAUGAAACAGAACAACGAUACUACACGCGUCUACCAUUUAAACUCGAACAGGAAUCAGUACCGGACAACUUCGACCAUAGCUUCACUUGCCUACGCUCGAACUGGAAGACAGUAUCAAAGAAACCGGAAUACUUGGACAAAUACAACGACAUCAUACAAGACCAACUUCGAAGAGGAAUCGUCGGAAAACCUCCUUCCAUCCAGCCAUCUGAGCCUGGAACUCCAUCAUUAACGAUGUUAGUUGGGAUGAACGUCGAAUAUAUUUCAAAUUUCGACUUUGCUAAGCAGACUUUUGAUAUCAUAGUGGAAGUCGAGCAGAGUCUAGCAACACUGGAUUCUCGUGAGGUUCGAGAAACAAUGCAAGUCGAAAAGACUGCUAAUCUUUUCCACGACAUUCGAUUCGACGCUAUUGAUAGUCGUAUAAUAGGUUACGAUGACCAUGCUGUGCAACUUCCAAAUAUCACAGGAAUGCGGAGAAGAGAGAUGCUGACUAUUCCAUGCCAAUUUUCUCACUACUUUCCAUUCGAUAGUCACACUUGUUUGGUAAAAAUGAUUUCGAGAAGAUACCCAUCCGACAAAUUGCUCCUCAAGUGGCGUGCUCCACAACAUAUCACCACGGCUCCUUUGAACGUUCCCUACUUCAUACUUAACAAGAUGACGCAAAUCACUUGCAUGCACAACUCGGGAGUGCCAUCAGCGUUGACGUCAAGCUCAACGUAUGUGUCGCACUCAUGCCUUGCCGUGCGAUUUGAGUUUAGUCGGCCUUUAUGCAUAGCUAUGUAUCGGUUUUAUGUACCCACUUCGUUAGUAUUAUUCUUGACGUGGUUAUCGUUCUAUGUGACCCGAUCGGAUCUCGUCAGUCGAAUUCUACUUGUGUCUAUCUCCAUAUCCCUUCAGAUAUUCUUAGGUUGCUUUUUCAUAUAUUUUUCUGCUCUUCAUAUUACUGUCACGACUCCAGCCGACGUGUGGUGUACGUUGUUGGCGUUUCAAUCUGCAGUUGUGGUGAUAUUUCUUUUCAUGUCCAUGACUAUCGAAUUUCGAGUGCGGAAAUAUCAUGAUUUGUCCAUCGGCAGCAAAGAUGUCAGAGAUGAGAGCAGAUCACGACAUGAGCGACAAGCAAUGAGGAGUGUUAUGUACAGAAAAGAGAGCGAUAAUCCGGACAAGUCAGCUUGCAGCACAUCUACGGUUGUAGAAUCGCGAUUUCGACGUUUUCGCGACAAGUUCUCAUUAUACGCUGCACGUAUGGAUAUCGUGGCACGAGUUGCCUGCCCUCUGAUCUACGUAGUACUUACCAGUUUAUACUUUUUGUUGUAUUUGCUAUCACCCUACGAAUAG